CACGCGAGUUCGACGUAAACUCGCUCGGGGCGCGUAGAAGAACAUGUCCGUCAUGCAGGCGAAGCUGGUGCUCCUCGGCGACAUGGGCGCGGGGAAAUCGUCCCUCGUCCUUCGGUUCGUGAAAGGGCAGUUCUUCGACUACCAAGAGAGCACGAUCGGCGCGGCGUUCUUGACGCAGUGCGUCGCGGUGAACGACGCGACGGUCAAGUUCGAGAUCUGGGACACCGCCGGGCAGGAACGGUACCACUCCCUCGCGCCGAUGUACUACCGCGGCGCCGCGGCGGCGAUCAUCGUGUACGACAUCUCGUCGCAGUCCUCGUUCGCGCGCGCGAAGAGCUGGGUGAAGGAGCUGCAGAGGCAAGGCAACGCGUCGUUAGUCAUGGCGUUGGCGGGGAACAAAGCGGAUCUGUCCGCGGAGAAGCGAGAGGUGGAGGCGUCCGAGGCGGAGGCGUACGCGGAGGAGAACGGGCUGUUCUUCAUGGAAACGUCCGCGAAGACGGCGGCUAACGUGAACGAUCUCUUCUACGAGAUCGCGAGGAAACUGCCGCGGACGGCGGCGCCGUCGACGCCCGCGCCCGGGGUGGUCCUCGACUCCCGCCGCGGCGCGCAGACGAAGAGCGCGUGCUGCUGAGCCCGAAGAAGCCGCGGCGCGAGCGAGCGCGGAGCGCGCGGGACCCCGGGGUGGAUCUAGCCGCCUUCGCGGGUUCUGAUGUGAUGAUCGAUUGACGAACACGUCGUGCGGUACAACACG